UACCAUACUUUUUAUAAAUUGCCAAAUAUCCAUCACAGCGUCACCGUAUCGUCAUCACUCUAUUGUUCCUGCUUUCAGCUUUCUCUGUGUCUUCUUGCUCUGUUUGGCCCGCAAACGGAGACGGGCCAUUUUAAAGAGACAAAUCAAGAAAAUGAGCAAAAACAUGGCGUGUUUAUGCAUAUCAUCAGCAAUCACUCCCCGAAACAGCUUCCAGAAGCAGUAUUUCUGCGUACCAACUCCGUCUCACGUUCAGUGCAAGCUGUCUUCUAUUUUACCUCGCUCCUCGAUCACCUUUAAUCCGCUUAGAUUUUGUAUCAAUAAAGGAAAUAACGACAGGAUGACAUUGCAAAAGAAAGUGAGAAGAUUUGGUGCGCUUUGUUAUGCUGGACCUCUCUCUACGAGUAAUCUACAGUGGAUCUCUACCAUUUCCUCUGCAAUUUUGAUGGUUGCUAAGGGAACUGCAAUUCAGAAGUCUUUUGUUGUUCCAUUAUUGGCUCUACAAGCUCCAUCAACUGUCAUUUCUUGGAUGAAGGGUGAAUAUGGUAUUUGGACAGCAUUCUUGGCACUUCUCGUCCGUCUCUUCUUCUUCAUCCCUGGUGAACUUGAGUUGCCAUUUCUGGCACUACUUCUGGUACUUGUGGCACCUUAUCAAGUAACGAACCUCAGGGGAACACAAGAAGGUGCUACUAUUGGUUUGGCGAUUGCAGGCUAUUUGGCUUUCCAGCAUUUUACAAGGGCAGGCAACUUGCAAAAAGCAUUUGAGCAAGGUUCAAUUGUUGCAACCUUGGCCAUCAUUUGCGUUACUGUUAUCUCAUGCUUGUUCUUAUUCUGAAUUUAACAUACAUUCUUGUGCCUUUUAUGAUCAGUAUAUCUACUGUAAAUUCCUUUUGGUUCUUUAUUUUCAUCUCAUGUUACAUAGAGAUAGAUUUCUCUGAAACAAGUAAUAAAAAGUCUACAACUUGAGCUUGUAUCAAAGGAUCGGGUUGAAAUACCAUCAUCCCCCACAAUUAUACCAUAUUUAACUUUGAGUUUGAUAUGCAUUUGUAUCUUAUUUUUUGAA